AUGGCGAUCCGCUCGCCCUCGGGCAGGGCCGACCGGGUGCGCGUCGAGCUGGUGACCCCCUCCAACCACGCCAACGUGCUGCGGUCGACCGAGGUCGAGCUCAACAAGGGCCGCAUACCAAUGCGUCGCCUCAUGGACGAGUGGUACAUGCGGAAGCCGAUCUGGGUCGACGCCGACCUGCCCGUGGGGCUCCACCCUGACGGCUUCAGCGACGUCGAGUUCGUGGGAAUCGACAAGGUGCGACUCAUCGACGAGCCCAGCAACAAGUGA